AUGCCCGGUCUUAGAGACGAAGAUAAAGUGGAUCCUAUUGAAGCCCAGCUUGAAGCCCAAAUGGAGAUGUCCAAUCUUCAGAGGCAGUACCGAUGCAUGCGCAAUGACAGAAAAACUUACACUGAAGAAACUGAAAACACAGUGCGGAAACAAAACAAAACCAUUGAUGCUCUCUUAAAAGACAACGAAGAACUAGAGGCGAUGAUUCUGGUUGCAAAAAGCCGCCAAAAUGAGAUGUUUGAUCAAGGAAACGUCGAAAAGAUCGUGGAACUGCUCGAUAGGGAAAAACAAGUGCGAGAAGAGAUCAAACAAGAAAAAGACGCUGUUGCGUGCGUUGAGGAGCAAGUCGCUAACAUGAGGGAAACGAUUAACAAACAGUGUAAGAAGAUGGGAGGAGGCAAGGAUGUUUACCACAAGAAACAUGUCGCGAAUAUCAAGCUUACGCGAGUCUUGGAAAACAGGCUUGAUGAGAUGACCAAAAAAUUUAACGAUGUCUUGACCAAUAAUUUACAUCUCCGGGAACACAUAAGCCAUAUUGAAGGACAGAAAGUAAGGUUUCUUGAUCUUUCCAAGCGUCUGCAAACAGAAAUUUCAGAAGGGAAGAGAGAAAUCGAUCGUAUCUCAGAAAUAGCGACCUCGCAUUUCAACGCUAGAGAUGAGGCGCAGCAUAGAAUGGCUUCUUUACGCGAGAGGGCGGAACGAGACCUGGCUAUGUACAAUGCAGAAAUCAAGGAUGUCAUGCGCGUUCUCAAGCAUGAUCGGAAACUCCGAGACUUCAUGACGACAAAAACCGAAGAUCGCUCGUCAAUUGUUGAACAGGAGUUGAUUGCGCGCACGCUUAAGAAGAUGGAAAUCCAGCUUAGUGGGCUCAUACAGGAAGCGAAAAAAUAUGAGGUGAUUUUUGACCAGAUCAAGGAAGCUACAGGGAUCGAGGACACUGACACCUUAGUCGAUUCAUUUAUUGAGAAAGAAGAUAAAAACUUCGCGCUGUUUAAUUAUGUCAACAACAUGAACACUGAAAUUGAAUGUCUACAAGAUGGAAUUAAAUAUCUCAAAGAUGAAAUCGAACUGAUAAAGAAAGAGGGCGUUGAGAACGAUGUGCGCAGAAAGGAGAUCCUGCAAGAACUCGAAGAGAAAAUGGCCAAGGUUACUGAGGAGUCAACUUCUGUCAAAAAGGAGUACAAGGUAACAAGGCGACUCCUAGAGCUCCUGAAGCCAAAAAUCGAGGGUGUUUUCAACUCGAUCAAGUGCGAUCGCACCGCUAUUACCAGUCUUCUCGGAGGCGGUGUAACAGUCGAUGAUAACAACAUGUUACAGUACCUGGGUAUUAUUGAGCAGAAAUGCAACGAGCUCUUGCAAACUAAAGCGCUGGAAAAAGUUAAGGAGGCCAUUGACGAAGCAAGAGAAACACCCAUCGAUGGACUUCAAGGAGCUGGACCUCAGCCUGCGCAUGCGAACCUCUCGAUCGCACCGCCAUCAAUCGAGGAAGAAGGAGAACAGAGCGGGUGCGCAAAUGACGCAAAACCGCUGACUGUUGAAGAAGUGCAGGCCUUGAUAGUGCAAGGAAAUCUGCGGGGUGGUAAUUUCAAAGCCACAGGGGCUGCCAAGUGCCAGGGGAAACGAAAACGGCCUUGA